AUGGACUCCCACAAGAACCCUAAUCUUGAAACCAACCAUUCUAUACCCUCUUCUUCACAAGAUCUCAAAAGCAGCCAUGGCUUCAAGAAUCUUGAACACAAAAGCUCUUCCUUUUCACUGGUUGUCAAUGGAGAACACGACGUCAACGACGGAAGAAAUACCAUCUCAACACCAUCACCAUCACUACCAGCAGCGGCGGCGGAGGAGGAAGAGUGUGGAAGGGAGAGGCUAAAGAGGCACCGCGUGGAAAUGGCGGGUCGGGUUUGGAUUCCAGACAUAUGGGGUCAAGAAGAUCUGCUUAAUGACUGGAUAGAUUGCAGUGUGUUUGAUUCUUCUUUAGGGAACAGCAGUAUACUGUCAGCAAGAACAGCUUUGGUUCAAGAAGCGAGAUCAACUUUAAGGAUCGAAAACCGGUGUUAA